AUGGGAUGCAAUAAAAAUGAGUGCAUUCUUCAACUCGGUUCUGAUCAGUUUGUGGUAACCAAAGAAGCUGCUCUCAGAGCUUUUGGUUCCAAAAUUGAAGCAUUCCUUGACACUUCAUCCGAACCUGAUAUGUUCACGAAAUACAUUAUUAGAAGACCAAGGGCAUCCACUUUGGCCCUAAUAGAAUAUUGUUACACCGGACAACUGCACAUACCUCAAAGCGUUUGUAAGGGCGAGUUUUUAACAGAAUUACAAUUCUGGGGUUUAAGAUACAAACUGUUGGAAACGUGCUGCUAUCAAAAACUCUGUAUAUUCUUGAACAAUCAGCAAAUGCUUAAAGGGUUUCAAGAAAUGUACACUCGACAAGAAAACAGCAGUACAGACAGAAAACAGUACAGGAGUGUCAAGGAACGAAUUUGGGGUAUUGUCAACAAUGAUCGAAAGUCAAGAUUAUCCAAGGUUUACUUCCGCGUGUCGACAACCUUUGUAGUGCUGAUGAUUGCCGUACUCGCCAUCACCAGCAUGAACGACGUAUCUAAAUUGACACAACGGAACAUUUCUACGCAACUAGAAGACAUGAACAGCACAAUAACCUCUGAUUCAUUACGAAGUAUCAGUUCGACGGUGGAUGAAGAUAAUUCAAAGACCCCAUCCUUUUGA